AUGACCAAGCCGUUUGUCACUGUUUCCAGAGGAUCACAAGACUCCAGAGAAACCAACGACCUCGAUGAACUGAUGGAGUGUGAUUCCUUGUGCCUGUCAAGGGAAGAGAGGCACCGUUGUUUAAAUGGAGGUCUGUGCAUGCACUGUGCUGGUGCUGGCCACAUUCUGUGUGACUGUCUGGUUCGUUCGCAGUUCUCUCCUCUGGAUCUCCUCUUCUCGACCCCGCAUGACCCCAAGAUCACUGCUUUGGCCAUUUACGACCUCAGUCAGAUCAGAGACCGAGUACCUUCAUAUUUCAGCUGUAGACCACAGUGCACCGCUCAGAAAGGAGAUCAUGCUCUAAGACCUCGUGCUGUGGUGCUCAAACACAGUUCAAUGUCAUCUGUAGCAGCAGAAAAGAGAGGAACCUGGAUAGAGCUCUACAUCGGAACUGCAAAUGGACAACUGAUGAAGAUUGUGCUGGACAAGGCUUUGAAUUCUGGCUGUUUGAUGGUGCUGUACAAAUCUACUGAUGACAGGAUGGUGUUUCCCAGAAUGCACUUUGAUCCAGUGGAUCAUAAAUGCAUCUACAUAGCUUUGAGAAAUCAGAUCAAGCGGGUAGCAGUGACUCAGUGUGGUCUGUACAGCACUUUGAGAGACUGCAGAGCUUCUCAGGAUCCUUCCUGUGGCUGGACUCCAGUGUUGGAGCGCUCCACUGAUACUCUGAAGUUCAGCAUUCCAAACGGAAAUAAAGGAACUGUGAGGGUGUGUGUGGUGACAGAAGACAGCCAUUGUCAUAGUAAUGCCACCAUCACUUAUGGCUCCCAGCCCAUCUGUACUGGACUGCAGCCUAGAAACACCUGGGCCAGUGGGGGGAGGAAGAUUGAAGUGCUGGAGAGCAGUCUGGAGUACGUGGAGAAAAGUCAUAAUAAACUCUCUUACCUCCCAAACCCAGAAUUCAUCAGCUUCUCUGCCGCUCAGGAUAAAAAGCAGGACAGGCUGAAUAUGCGUGUGGAGGAUGUAAAGGUGUGGGGUUUGCAGGAAGAGAAGCAGUUUGAGUGUGUGGUAGAGAAAGUUAUAUCUACUGCUAUUGUCUGUGACAUUCUGGAAACACAGGAAGUCAGAAUAAAUGUGACCUCACUCAGGACCUGCAGGAUGAGGACUGUUUAUCUGGGAAUGCUGCUCUUAUUCCAAAGCGCUGUUUCCUCCUUAACGGAGUUCAGCGUUAAAGGAGAGAUCAGGAACUUUGCUGUUGGAAACGGGAAAGUGUUCGUCGUCACCGACUCUCAGCUCCUCCAGAUGAGGCUCGAUCUAGUAGAGGAAAAACACAAGGACAUAUCUGACCACACACAUCAGAACCAAGUUAAUAUUUUACUGCCUUUCGACGCGAAUAAGACCCUGAUAACCUGCGGAAUUUAUGGCUGUGGAUACUGUGAACUCCUGGACAUCAAUGACAUCAGCAGAAGUCUCUACAGGGAGGAUGUUUCAGUCGGACCAUCUGUUAAUAAAUCAUCUGUUUCCUUUAUUGUAGAUUUUGAUGAAGGAAACGCAGAAAGAUACAUGUUGGUUGCCAGAGAAAAGGUUCCUGAAGACUGUGGCUCUGAUGAUGAAGUAUCUCUGCGGAACACUCUGGACUCUCAGACAGGAGGAAUUUUUUCUAAAGUAGCCUCUUCAAACGAAGCCAGCAUUUCUCCACAGAGUGAUGUUGAGUGGAUUGAUGGCUUCCAAUCAUCUCCUCCCUCUCACUCGUACCUGCUGGUGAACGUUAAGUCUGGAACAGGUCCAGCUGUGGUGGUCUUAAGGAUGAAGAACAGCCGCAGUAAAACAGAAAUGACCAGAUCUCUACAAGGUGCAGUGCUACAGUGCUGUGAUGAUAAAGACCGUAAAAAGCUCUUAUCCUCCUCUGCAGUUCUCUCCUCUGGAUCUCCUCUUCUCUGGGCGGGAAUAUUCACUGCGCAAGAAGCGCACGACCCCCAGAACACUGCUUUGGCUAUUUAUGACCUCAGUCAGAUCAGAGACCGAGUACCUUCAUAUUUCAGCUGUAGACCAUAUUGCACAGCUCAGAAAGGAGAUCAUGUUCUGAGUCCUCGUGCUGUGGUGCUCAAACACAGUUCAAUGUCAUCUGUAGCAGCAGAAAAGAGAGGAUCCUGGAUUGAGCUCUACAUCGGAACUGCAAAUGGACAACUGAUGAAGAUUGUGCUGGACAAGGCUUUGAAUUCUGGCUGUUUGAUGGUGCUGUACAAAUCUACUGAUGACAGGAUGGUGUUUCCCAGAAUGCACUUUGAUCCAGUGGAUCAUAAAUACAUCUACAUAGCUUUGAGAAAUCAGAUCAGGCGGGUAGCAGUGACUCAGUGUGGUCUGUACAGCACUUUGAGAGACUGCAGAGCUUCUCAGGAUCCUUCCUGUGGUUGGUGUGUGACUACUAGCAACUGCUCGACCAAAGACGAGUGUCCAAACUCUACUUGGAUCUCCAUUCCUGAAGAUUCUUUUCAGAAAGAGCUGAUUUCUGUGAUUGUAACUGAGGUCACUCUGAAUCUCUCCUUGAAUGUGGAGGGAACAGAAAAGCCUCCCUUAACAUGUACUUUCAGGGGUGAAGAUGUAAAUAGUGGAAAUCUAUGUAAUAGUGAGGCUGCAGUUUUCCCCAGCUGCUCCUGCGAAUUCUCCAGCCAGCGACUGCCAGUUAAUGUCACAGCAACUGUCACUAUUGGAGAUCAGAAAAUCACAGAGAGACUGAGACUGAGGAGCUGCCCAAACAUCACAGAGACAUCAUCAUAUGCUAAGUGUGUAGCGUGUGUCUCAGCUGGGUGUCAUUGGUCCAGCAGUAGUAAACAGUGCAGCUGGUCUGAUGGCUCUGCUUCACAGGUGGCAGUGAUGGACGUGUGUGAAGGAUUAUCUUCUGGGAGUAAUGCACCAGAGAUUUUCUCCCUGGAGCCUAAUCAGGUCUCCUUUCAUGGCAAAAAACAUGCAGCGCUGAAAGGAAAAAAUCUGGAUCUGGUCGAGAAAAUUCGUUUUCAGGGAGUCAUGGAGUGCACUUCAAAGGAGACUCCAGUGUUGGAGCGCUCCACUGACACUCUGAAGUUCAGUAUUCCGAGCGGAAAUAAAGGAACUGUAAGGGUGUGUGUGGUGACAGCAGAUGGCCGUUGUCAUAGUAACGCCACCAUCACUUAUGGCACCCAGCCCACCUGUACUGGACUGCAGCCUAAAAACACCUGGGCCAGUGGUUGGAGGAAGAUCCAAGUGUUGGGAAACAAUCUGGAGUUUGUGGAUGAAGUUACUGUUCAUUCAUCUCUCAAACCGAUCACCCUCAACUCAGACAAGACCUUUUGGUUCCACACUCAUAAUCAGAGAGAAUACAUGGACUCUGGGCCGUUCAGUGUCUCUCUCAUAGUGGGAAACUCAAAAGUGGACUGUGUAGAUAAGCUGUCUUACCUCCCAGAUCCAGAAUUCACCAGCUUCUCCACCUCUAAAGUGGACAGUGAUGUGCUGGUCACCAUACAGAAAACAGAUGACAUGCUGAAUAUGAGUAGAGAAGAGAUGAUAGUGUGGGGGCUGCAGAACGAGAAGGAGUUUGAGUGUGUGAUUGACACAAUUAAGUCCACUGCUCUCACCUGCAGAAUUGUGGGAGAAAAUAGACGUGAAAUCAGAGUGGACUCAAUCAAGAUCAUGGUUGGCAAUUUUACCAAAUUUAUGACACAGCAUGGCAUAAAGUGUUCGUGUGCACCUGUUGCAGUAGCCAUUGUGAUUCUUCUUGGUGUUCAUGCUGGAAUAUUUAUCAGAGGUGUGUUCUCAAGACACAUGACUCAGAUCUCAGGCAGAUUUGAGUCGAGCAAAUAAUGACUUCAGACUCAACUUACCAAAAUGAAAGAAAGACUUUUGGAUUUUAACACCAGUGACUUGAACUCAUAGUCACUGGUC